GACGGUGCGGGGUACGCAUGUUGGGCCGGAGGCAUAGGCACGGUUUAGCACAUUAUUCUUCUUAAUUGUGCCUUUUCUUGGAUUUAUUUAGUAAUCUCCAGACUGCUGAAACACUGUAUGGCGGUAACAAGGCUCAGCUGGAAACGGUUGAUUCGUCGAAUUUGAUGAAAACGAGGUCAGGCUCAGACUACCGUUAGCCCCUCCUGGUGGAUUCUGUUUCCGUUGUUUUUUCUAGAUAAAGCCAACAAACCGAGGCAGAUAACAAUGUCGUUGACUGCUUCGUCUGAUUAUUUCGCUGCCGAGUGUCUGGUGUCGAUAUCCAGCGGUCCUGUCCUACACAGACCCACCCCAGUCGCCCCCGCCAGCCAGCCGGCCGUGGUGGGCCUGCUCCCCGGGGAGCCCGACGUGUCGAGCGAGGACAGGGAAGUGCGGGAGACGCUGAGGCUGGAGGGGGCCAACAUGAUGGCGGUGGCCGGUAUCCUCACCGACCUGCACGGCAAGUUCCGCCCCAUGUCGGCCUACUCGGAGAGCAGCAACUCCUCAUGUGGUGGGGAAAGCGGUUACACCACGUUGUCCGACCCCACCACCCCUACCAUGACCCCCUCCGCCACCCCUGUCCCCGGGCAGCAGCAGCUGAGGGGGGGUGGAGGUGGAGGAGGCGUGGGGGCCCCGCGGUCCCCGGUGAAGCGACAUCAGUGCACUUUUGACGGAUGCGACAGAGUUUACGGGAAAUCGUCCCACCUGAAGGCACACAUCCGGACACACACAGGUGAGAGGCCCUUCCCAUGCACCUGGCCGGACUGUGAGAAGAAGUUUGCCCGCUCCGAUGAGCUCGCCCGCCACACCCGCACCCACACCGGUGAAAAACGCUUCCUGUGCCCACUGUGCGAUAAGCGCUUCAUGCGUAGCGACCACCUGAUCAAGCACGCCCGACGCCACCCUGACUUCCAGCCCUCGAUGUUGAGCCGCACCAAGGGCGCCUCCUCCUCCUUGUCUCCCAGCCCGGCCAUGCACCAUUAGGAUGGUCUUGGUUUGGGUGGGGGGGGGUUUCCUAACAGGAGCACAGAAGGUCACGGUGGUUUCAAGUUAACCAGCUACAAUCAGAUCCACUGAUUUAGGAUUUAGCAUUGCUGUGUUGUACUCAACAAAUGUGCACAUAAUACACACAACACACACAAAGCUGGAUGUGAGGGGGGAAAGCGGCUUCAUCCCUCCAUCUGCACAGAUGAGUCAUGUGACCACUAUCCACCUGCUCAAUAGAACUAGGGUUGGGUAUUGAGAACGCUCCAAAUCUUAAAGAAGUGAGGAUUCGUUAAGAAAUGUGCUUUUUCGAUUCCACUUAUCGUUUCCUGAAAGCAAACUUUGGACCUACUUCAUUUACAUCGCAGAUUACACAUGUAUCAAAGCACGUGUAUAAUGUUUACAAUAAGACAGAGUGGGGCCUGUUUUCAAAAGUGGCUGCGCUUCACGAAAGACCGUAAUGAUGCGGUGAAAUGUAAUCACUGCAUGAAAAUAAAUAUAUGCAAGGAAAGAAAGUCUAAUACAACAACACAUUUACUACAGAAAGAAGGAGAAGGCAGCAUUUUUAUAAAAUCUGUAUCAUAGUGAAAUGAAUUUAAACAUUUUUAUAGAUCAAAUAACCAGAUAGGAACGUCUGUUUUUGGUAAAAACACUCGAUUAAUUUCAGGGCAAAUCAAGGUACUUCAUCACAUUGAUGCAAAAAGUCUGUAAAACCAAUUAUGCCACGAAGCAGUCCUGCUCAUCGAUUUACAACACAACAUUAAUACAAGGCUUUAAUGCCUCAAAAAGCAAAAUCAAAUGUAAAACAUUCAGCUUUUCUGUGGCACAACAGAGAAUGUUUAUAUAUAUUUUCCUUUUUUAACCAAAAAUCACAAAACACAUCCUCAUUUAUUACAUGUUUAUGGCAGCCUAAACCUUUUGGAAAUAAAUGUGUGGUGUUUUUUAUGUUGAACAUACUUUGUUUUCUUUUCUUUCUCAGGAUUCGAUGAGAAUGGGAAUCAUUAAGCAGAUUUGAGUCGAUGAAAUAAACCCAACCCUAAAAAAUAACCUCAGUUUCUCAAACACUUCCACAAAUUGCAGGGAUUUUUCACAUUUUUCUGUAAAAGUCUGCACAUUCAUCAUCAGCCAAAACUCCUCUGUUUUCUAGUGGUUCAUUUGUAGACUGUUGUUGUGCUCCUCGUUUAUUUCCCAUGAGUAGCAUAAACUUGUGAUGUUAGGUAGCGAGGCGCCGACUAGAAGCCUUUUAGCUUUUCUUUUUUUUAGCUUUGCUGAUUCCAUAUAAAAGUUUAUUUUAGUGGUGACACAUUCCUUAAUUUUUAUUGCAUCAGUAACCAUCGUUGAGGCAACUUUGUAAUGAUUUCUAUAUAUUCAGUUUAACUAUAGAUCGAGUAUUGAUUUUGCCAGAAAGUGGAUCAAACUUCACUGUAGAAAAGCUGAUUGCACGCCAUCCUUAAGUCUAGAUCAGUUAUCACACAUGAAAUGCUGAUACAUAAUACACAGUAUUAUGUCUAAUACUGAUGCAAAUGUAUAUAAGCUUUAAGCUUUUAAUGUAGAUUAAUGGUAAUGCUACUAGCAGCUGAAUUAAUACAUGUGAUGAAUUGUAGUCCUUAUAUUAGGGGUAACGGUAUACUCUUGAUAGGAUGGCAUUGCUUGUGAGUGUCGGUGUGUAUGUGUUUUUAUUUACAUUUUUUGUUAGCGACAGAACUGGGGAAAAAGUGUGUAUGCGAUGAUAUCAAAAUGUUUUGGGGAAACAAAAAUGACAUGAGUCGAGCUUGACUUUUAGCUGGCUGCCUUCGAAGUUAAAGCCAUCACCCCAUUCAUCGGGUGUGGAGCCAGACGGCAGAAGGCAUUUCAGGAUCAGGAGUGCCAGGUGUUUCUGUACACGGUUUGAGUCUUACAUGUAGAGUUACAAAAAAUAACCUGUUAUAACUUUUAGUGUGGGAAUCAAAAUUGGUCUAAAACUUGUGCUAAUCUGCUCCCAUUGAGGAAAGCUAAUACCAGUAGAUCUUUAGAGUGAGUUUGACUUAUCAAAGCAUAAAAGCACAAGUGCAACUGAUAAAGUUAAUAAUGGCUUUAUGUUAUGUACAAUAGUCAUGAACCAGCAGGCACUUGUAAAUGGGAUGCCGCCAUUAAUAAUGGUAUUAGUUACACCUGUGUCUUACAAGUCAAACUGUCCUCUGUGAUAAAGAAACAUUACAAUGUUGGAAAAACAAAUGGGGAUUUGUUAAAGGGUAACUUACGUACUUUUUGGGCUAGACCCUGUUUUCCCUUUUUUUUUUUUUUGUCUAAGUGAAUAAUAGGAUAAACAACUUGUCCAGUACUGAGCAAGAGCGCUGCAGACGGCAGCCACACAACGGGCUACAGUGUCACCACCGUGGGAAAUUAUGCGUUGUCAAUUUACACCCAUUAAAAGUGGUUAUUUUUGCCACUGAGAGAUUAUUAGAGGAGUCUGACAACAUUAUGCAAAGGAUCCCUACAGAAAUAAAACAUUUGUUUAAACAUAAAUUACCCUGAAAUCGGCAUUACAAAACCCAACAGACUCCGUUUAAAUUAACAAUAAUUUUGUCAUGGUUAAACAUGCCUUAUUGAAAGUUAACAGAAACAAAUUAAAACCCACAAAAGCCCUCUUGGUGUGUCUUUCCACUCUUCCAACAAUUGUCAACUCUGGUUUGGUUGAAAUAAACAUGUUAAACAGCCAGUCAGAUGUGACAAUAUGCUGGCUCUGUACAGGCUAAAAUUACUGUUUAUUUAAGUGGAGUCUGGUGGGUUUGGCAGUAGCAAUUUUGGGCCUGUUUCUGGUUAAACAAAAAGGAUCUUUCUCCUUAACAUAAAGAUCUGUCUUUGUAGGGAUCCUUUCUAUAAUGUUGUUAGACAUGUAAAAUACUAAUCUGAGCCUGUCAGUGGCAAAAACAAGCACUCAAAAUGGUGCACAGAUGCCCUGUUUGCGGGCUGUCUGCGUAAGCCCUGUUGCUCAACACUGGACCAGAAUUUUUGUUGUUCCCAUUAGUCACUUAAACACAAAAAUGUGAAAAUAAGAUCCAGGUUUACCCUUUAAAAACAUGUUUAGUACAUUCAAGAAAACUGGCACCUGAAUAUUCCUAUAUGCCAAAAACAAAGUCAACAAUCCUCAUGUAUUUCAGGAAAAAUUAAUAUUCAGGAGCAAACCUCAAAUAAUUAAGAUAUUUAAAAUCUAUCAAGUACAUACAGUGUCCAGGUCUGAUUAUAGAGAGGUUGAUUUUUUUUAAUGUUUCCACACUGUUUGUCCAGCUCAUGGACAUAUUCCUUUAUCUCAGUGAACAACACUUAAAGCCUUAAACUAUGUCAUAACUACUUUGCACCAUGUUUACAGUUGGAUCAUUGUAUAGGUGUAUAUGCCCCCCUGUGGGCUCAUAACAGAUACUCAUUAUGCAAUAUGGCACUUUUUUCUUACAGGUGUAUUUGGCUGAAUAGUGUAAUGGCUUGCACUGUCACUAUGCUUCUACAAGCAAGCACUGUGGAACUUUGCUGAUGUGUUGAUAACCAAUGGUUUGUAAAACUGCCUUUUUGUCCAAGUGCUUUAGAAAGCGUGAUACAAGAAGUUGGUAGGUUUUUUUUUGGUUUGUUUUUGUUCUCUUUUUUUUAGUGUUUGCGUAGUCAUCCAGGCCAUCUCUUGUUGUGGAUUUUUUAUUUUCUAAAAGGAACACGCUUCAUUUGUGUUUCCAGAUCGGUCGACUUUGUCUCCUCCACGCUAAGACUUCAGAUGUCUUCCUCAUUCACAUGUCAAACCAUUCACUGUUGAUCUCAUUUUUAAUGGGAGCUGUACUCAAUUGAGUGAUUGCAAUGCUUUGGAAUUUUGUACACAUUUCUUCUUCUUCAGAGGUUCAAUCUGUUGACAGUUCGUGGUUGCUGCUGGCAGUAGCCAUGAACACAUGGACUGUAUAACAAACACACAAUAUACCUGUUUUUUACGUCUUGAAAUGGGAAGAUUUCCCUCCGUCUCCUCUCACAGAUGGGGGAGUCGUCUCACACAGACUCUGUCCGGGUCUCAAAGCUAUAAAAUCACAAUACGAACAUA